GUUCCGUCAUUUGUCAUUUGGUUCGCCAGCUAGGUAGAGCAAAGAGAAAAAAAAUCGCGUCGGCAAUAGGCAGCACCGUGUUGUUCGCGUUCGUUUUAUCUGUACGUGAUUAAGUUAUUAUUCCCAUUCUGGAGUGUUUGUGUGUUUGAGCGAAGAUAGAAAUCUAGACGACGAUGGCUUAUCAGGGAGGAUACCCGCAACAACAGUAUGGAGGCUAUGGACAAAACCCGGCUGCAGCGGGCGGGUACGGAGGCGGGUACGGUGGUUACGCACCGCCACCGCAGCAACCGCCCGUCAAUCCGGAAAUCCAGAACAUUUUCCGCAACAUCGACAAAGACAACACAGGCCGCAUCAACAACCGGGAGCUGCAGCAAGCGCUGAUCAAUGGACGGGGCGACCACUUCUCCGACACGGCCUGCAAUUUGAUGAUCAGCAUGUUCGAUCGCAACAAGACCGGCACGGUCGACAUCUACGACUUUGAGAAGCUGUACAACUACAUCAACCAGUGGCUGCACGUGUUUAAGAACUUUGAUCGCGACGCAUCCGGCCACAUCGAGGAGUCCGAGCUGACCCAAGCGCUGACGCAGAUGGGUUUCCGCUUUUCGCCCCAGUUCAUACAGUACCUGAUUGCGAAAAACGAUCCCAUCAACCGGAAGGAAAUCUCGGUCGACCAGUUCAUCGUGACGUGCAUCCAGAUACAGCGCUUUACCGACGCGUUCCGCGUCCGGGACACCGAGCAGAAGGGCAUCAUUACGAUCGGAUUCGAGGACUUUCUCGGCAUCGCGCUCUCCAUGUGUUCCUAAAACUGUGCCGGCGGGGACAGUCAGGCCGAAUGAACUUCGAUGCUCCUAACCUAACCGCUAUCGUUUCCACACACACAUACACACACCGAGACACACAUACAGACACACACACACUUGGACACGGACACACAGCCGACACAACACAUCAACAGAAACACGGGGCAGCGAUAAAGUCAAGCACGGUAAUGAUUCACUGUUAAAGUAUUCUACUAACGGACAAAGCGACAAAGCGACAACACAAAACCAGGAUGUGUGUGUGUGUGAAGAUGUGUGAAGUACGGAAAGACCUGGCCCGGAGAGAAUGGACGAUACCGGAUGUUUGUCUGGAUGAGCCUUAUUCAGUUGAAUGAAAUACGCUUUUGUGAGAAUCAAAAAGAACGAACACUCAGAUGGAGAGGAAAGGAACUCGCUGAAGGGAGGGGGAAUCACCCGCAAACCAAGCGGACGCAGACGAGAAACAAUCAGUGCAACAAAUGAUGCCCAAGCAAAAGUACUGUAAACCCGGUUAACAUUCAUUAACUUAUUCCUCAUGCCCGUAACACCAAUAAUAAUCAUCGUAUCGUAGUGAAGGAGAAAGGUGUAAUAGUACAGCAGAAGGUUCAACUAGACACACAAGAAAAUGGCACACAAACACACAGACACACACACAGAUAGAACAACAACUCA